AUGAGCGGUGACGCAUUCAAAAUGGCAUCAAAGCCAGAUUCUUCAAGCUCUGGCGUCGAACCCCAACUGAACCCACUGCCAUUUUUUAUCAAUUACUACGUCAAAAGCCAACCGGAUCGUGGAAAGGAAGGCUAUAGGCCUUGGGUAUGGCUUUUACUGACUUAUUUUUUAAUUUUUUGAAAUUUGGUGUUAUAUACAAUAAGUUUUGGCAGGUUUUUGAAGUUGAAAUCUAGAUUUUUGGCUAAUUUUUGGGGUUUUUUAGCUUUAAUGCCAUUUUUCAUAGUGAUGUAGGACUGAAAAUUUUUUUUGUUUGGGUAUGAAAAAGAAAUGUCUUAUCUCUAUUUCACUCAAAUUUCAAAUUUUUUCAUUGGCUAUGUCAUUUACUUUUGACUGAUUUUUUGGGCUGAGCUUCUAAAUUCUCGAAGAUUUUUUGGCUUUUUGUAGUUACUGCCAUUUUUCAUAGUUAAAUGGCAGUAACUACAUGAGAUUGAAUUGAAAUUUAAAAUUUUUUGCUUGGAUAUGAAAAAGCAAUGUUUUUUCUCUAUUUUAUCUAAAUUUCAAGUUUCUUUGACUGCUUUGUUACCUAUUUUUCAAUUACUUUCUAUCUUUUAUGCUUUUUUGAAAAAUUUGUUGUUUUUUCGAACCUAUGCCAUUCUUUAUCCGACAUAGGGCUAAAAUCUAAAAAUUUUUUUUUGAAUUUGAAAAAGCUAUGGUUUUUCUCUGUCAUACCUGAAUUUCGAAUUGUUUCAUUACCUGUAUUACCUUUUUUCGGUUAAUUUCCAAUACCUGGGCUCUGAAAUUAUUUGGGAUUUUCAGGACUUUUUUAACUUUAAUGCCAUUUUUAAUGUAGCAUAUGGUGUAAUAUCUUUAAUUUUAGUAUUUUAUAUGAAAAAGCAGUCCUUUUUGUACAUUUCACUAGAAUUUCAAGUAUUUUAGUUAGCUAUGGCAUAUAUUUUUUUAGCUGGUUUCCAAGGUCUAUGCUUUUUGAUUUUAGAAAUUUUUGGGGCUUUUUUAGGUUUAAUGCCAUUUUUAAUGUAAUAUAUGGCCAAAAAUCUUAAAUUAUUAAAUUAGAUAUGAAAUAGCAAUCUUUUUCUACAUUAUACCUAAAUUUCAAUUUUUAAAAUUGGCUAUGUCAUAUAUUUUUCAAAUGAUUUCUAACACCCCUAGGCUCCUUGAAAUUUUUUGAAAUUUUUGAACUUUUUUAACUUUAAUGCCAUUUUUAAUGUAGUAUAUAGUAUAAUAUCUUGAAUUUUUAAAUUUUAUAUGAAAGACGAGUCUUUUACCUACCCUUUGCCUAAAUUUCAAUUUUUAAAAUUGGCUAUGUCAUACAUUUUUCAGCUAAUUUCCAAAGCCUAUGCCCUUUCAUUCGCCGAGUCCGAAGCUUCUUCUCUCUUCAUUCGGCUUCAUUCCAAGGACUUUACUCUGUCAAAUGGCUUCAAUCGACUCAAUGUAAUCAACUUUUCAUCUGCAUAUGGUCGAUUGUCAUCAUUCUUGUCAUUCUUAUCACCACGCCAAAACAUUGAACUCGCGUUUGAUGGGUUUGAAAUGGAUUUGAAAACAGCGGAAGAGGUUGGAAGAGGCUUGAAAGGUAAGUUUUUUGAAGAUUUGUUUUCGUUGGGGCUGGGCAAGGAAACAUUUUUUGGGCAGAGUAAAAUUUUGGGUAGGAAACAUUUUUUUAGGCAGUGUACGAAUUUUUAAGCUAGAAAAAGUUGCUUAGACAAGGGUAAAAUUUUUUGGGCGGGGUGUAAUAUUGGGCAGAUUAAACAUUUUAGGGCAGGGUAAAACAUUUUGGUCUGGGAAAAAAUUUUUGGGCAUGGUAAAAUUUUGGGCGAGGUAAAAAUUUUUGGGCGGCGUAAAAACAUUUUGGGCAAGGUAAAAUGUUGGGCAGGGUAAAAAAAUGUGGGUAGGGUAAAAAUUUUAGAGCAAGAUAAAAAGUUUAGAGCAGGUAAAAUUUUUUGGGCGGGGUAAAAACAUUUUGGGCGGGGUAAAAACAUUUUGAGCAGGGUAUAAUUUUUUUUUGGGCGGGGUAAAAUUUCUUAGGCAGGGUAAAAUUUUUUGGGCAGGGUAAAGUUUUGGGUAAGGUAAAAAAUUUUUGAUAAAAAAAAUUUGGGAAGGGUAAAAAUUGUGGGCAGGGUAUAAAUUUUUGGGGGGGGGAGGGUAAAAUUUCUUGGGCAGGGUAUAAUUUUUUGGGCGGGGUAAAAUUUCUUGGGCAGGGUAUAAUUUCUGGGCAGGGUAGAACAUAAUGUUACCUAAACUUGCCAUUUUUCAGAGUUUUUCUCGGCCGUUCCGGUCGAAAAGUUUAUUCAUUUGACAAUCAAUGAACCUGAUGAAAAAGCCUUCGAAAUGGCUGAUAAGGUUGUGGCCAAGCUCUUCGAUGGGCUUAGAGGCAGUGACAAGUUCAGUCUGGACAUAACUUGCUCAAGUUUGUUCGUCGAUCACCUCGGUGAGGUUCGAAUGGGACGAUUGAAGGUCACGGAUUAUGUUGAGGAUGUUAACUAUGUGGCAAUGUUUCAGAACAUGAAGGCGAGGGUAGUUAGUAUUCCAAUGGUACCAUUCGAUGUCCUGAGGGAUGUUUGUAUCAAGCCAAACGAGCACUUGAAGGAGCUGGUACUGCUGAUGACCACAGGGCAUGACAAGCCCUACUACGACGAAUACUUUCAGAAGAUCUCACUGGCCUUCCCUUAUCUCUGCGAAUUCCGAUUGGAGGCUCUGUUCAACACGGUUGAGGUAGGGUAGGGUGGGGCAAGAUCAUGGUGAGAUAGGGAAUGACAUGUGACAUAUAAGGUGAGGCUCCUGUACGUUAGAGUAGAGUAGGGCAGACAGGGCAGGGUACGAAAAUUUUAAGCAAGGUAAAAUAUUGGGUAUGGCAAAAUCUCGGGCAGGGUAAUUUUGUUUGCAGGAUAAAAAUUUUGGGCAGGGAAAAAUAUUUUGGGCAUCUUAAAAUGUUUGGGCGGGGUAAAAUUUCUGGGCAUGGUAAAAUUUUUGGGCGGGGUAAAAUUUUAGGCGGGGUAAAAAUUUUGGGCAGGGUAAAAUAUUAGGCGUGGUAAAAUGUUUGGGCAGGGUAAAAAUAUUGGGCGGGGUAAAAUUUUGGGCAGGGUAAAAUAUUAGGCAUCUUAAAAUGUUUGGGCGGGGUAAAAUUUCUGGGCAUGGUAAAAUUUUUGGGCGGGGUAAAAUUUUAGGCGGGGUAAAAAAUUUUGGGCAGGGUAAAAAUAUUGGGCGGGGUAAAUUUUUUUGGGGUUGAUAUUUUGGGUAAUGCUCCUGGUGGGUAGGAUAAAAAUUUUUUUUAAAAUGUAAAAUACGAGAGAUUGCAUGAUUUAUAUUUUAGAAGAAGAAUCAACUCGAGUUUCUGGACGAAAUGGGCGCAGACUGCGAAAUUAUGGCGGACAUUGAGAUGCCAUUCCGUAUUAUGGGGACCUUUAGACUGUUCUACAGUGAUGUUACGGUAGGUUAUUUUUGUAAAAUACGUCUUUUUGGUUAAUUGUGAAAAAUUUUAAAAUUUCUGUAAAACGUGUCAUCUUUCCUUAAAAAUAUGUCAUCAUGACCGAUUUUUAAAAUUAAUUUUUUUUGUAAAAUACGGGUUGUGUUCUAUUUUUUUUAAUUUUUAAAUAUUUACAUGAGACAUGUCAUCUUUUCUAAAAAACACGUCAUCUCUUCCAAAAAAUAUGUCAUCAUGACGGAUUUUUUAAAUUGUAAAUUUUUUUUGUAAAAUACGGAUCUGUGUUCUAAUUUUUUAAUUUUUAUAUAUUUAUAUAAAAAAUGUCAUCAUUUUCAAAAAACAUGUCAUCCUUUCCAAAAAUAUGUCAUCAUGACGCAUUUUUAAAAGACUUUCAUUUCCAGGACUGCCAAAACUACCACGCCAUGGAGAAGCACGGUUUCGGGAGACGUCGCAACGGCCGCAACAACUUUAUGAUUUGCACCGGCACCAACGUGUUCAAGGUUAACAUGUACGAUAUGUCGCAGUAA